AGCUACUACUAGCCAAUAAGAGGCAGAGUAGGGCGGGUCCUGUCUUUGCCCGUCGCUUCGGAGCAUCCAUUUCAUUCUAGCUUCAGCCUUGUCCGAGCGGGAAGUUCAAACGUUCGUCUUUUUUAGCUAAAAUGUAGCAAAUAUUCCGGGGGUCCGGUUAGCUCGUUCAACACAAAAAUCAUUUUUGAGGAAUUUUAACUGUAACUGCGGUAUAUCAGAGCUCUGCAGGCAUGUCCACUAAUACUGAGGAGAGGAGCAACUCUGCACCCAGGUGCUUCGGACAGUGUACCUACACAGCUGAGGAACACCAGGCGGUGCACAAAGCUCUGCGACAGAAGCUGGGACCAGAGUACAUCAGUACCAGAGUUGCAGGAGGAGGACAGAAGGUUUGCUAUAUUGAAGGGCAUCGUGUGAUCGGCCUGGCCAAUGAGAUGUUUGGGUACAAUGGAUGGUCUCACUCAAUCUCUCAACAGAAUGUUGACUUCAUAGACAUAAUAAACGGGAAGUUUUACGUUGGAGUCAGCGCGUUUGUCAAGGUGCAGCUGAAGGACGGGUCAUUUCAUGAGGACGUAGGGUAUGGAGUCAGUGAAGGGCUGAAGUCUAAAGCUCUGUCGCUGGAAAAGGCGAGAAAGGAAGCUGUCACGGAUGGCAUGAAGAGAGCACUCAAAUGCUUCGGUAAUGCUCUUGGAAACUGCAUCCUGGAUAAACAAUACCUCGUAGCCAUUAACAAGAUCCCCAAACAGCCUCCUCCUCCUCUAGACCCCGCCCAGACUAAGCGCACUGAGGGUGAGCCCUCAGUGGAGAAGGCCCGCUUCUCCAGUCUGGUCCGGGAGGAAAAGCUUGGGGAUCCUGGCAGGAUGCCGCUGGAGCCUAGAGUCCUCAACCAGAACCAGAACUAUUCCGAAGUUUAUACCCCUGAUGCUGCUGGCCCUGCUAACAGGAAGAGUGAGAACAAUGACUCAAGACCUGUCAUGGACUCAGUGAACGUUGGCGGGUCUGGGGCGCACACAGACCCCAAACAGCUGAGAAAGCUUCGACAGCAGCAGCUUCAACAGAAGUUCAGGAGAGAUAUGGAGGCCAAGAAGCUGCAGCAGAAACCGGAUCAAGUCAAGUCUGAGGACACAGAGGUCGCUAUUAGACGAGGAUCCAGUGGAGGUAUUGAAGAUGCACCUGCGUUCACUGACGGCACUUCAGCAGGUCACAGGAAGCCCAGCAGCAGGGACCAGUAUUUAACAGAUGAUCCUGAGCUCUGGGAUUUCACCCUGGAUGGGAUUGAGGAGCUGGAUGUCCCUGUAGGCGGCCCACCCUCCAGAGCAAAACCGCUCACGCCCAGUAAUCACCUGAUGCAGACGCGCAGUAAGACCCCUCAGAGAGCCCCAGGCAGACCUCCGGACGAGGCCCCUUCGUACAGCGGAGGACAGGACCGGGCUCAGCAUCAGAACCAGUAUCAGGCGAGGCCAGGUGAAGCCUUCAGUCCAUACAGACAAGGACAGUACAUGAAGAAACGCCGACUGGACACUUGAUAUUUUAUGUUGCUGUUCUUCAGCUUCCUCAACACUUUGAAUUUUACUUUUUGUUUUUAUGUUAUUAUAUAUGUGUGUGUAUAUAUAAAUACAUUUUCUGGGUUUAUAUUUAAAUCCAUUUUGCACUGAAUGGAUGCAGUUUC